ACUCCAAGAAAACAGAGAAAGAAGGAAAGAACAAAAAUAUCAAAGAAUAAAAGAAGAAGAAGAAAGUUGCAGAGUAAUUAAUUCAACAGAUUAUGAAAAGCAAAAACCAGAUGGGAGAAGUGAUAAUAUAUGUAGAUGAUUAUAAAUUCAUCUCUGCUUCAACAUAUUUAUGUAGAAUUUGCCACGAAGAAGAAUUUGAAAGCUGUAAAAAUUUGGAAGCUCCUUGUGCAUGUUCUGGAACUGUCAAGUUUGCGCACAGGGAUUGUAUUCAAAGAUGGUGCAAUGAAAAGGGAAAUAUAAUCUGCGAAAUUUGUUUACAGAAAUUUGAACCUGGAUACACGGCUCCACCUCCUAAGAAAGUCCACUCAGUUGAUAAUACAGCUGGGACAAUUAGAGGAAGUGCAGAAGCAGAUAUAGAAAAUGGAAGGGAAAGAGUGGUUGUUUUGGAGUCAGAUUCAGAAGAAGAAAGACAAAUGCUGGCGAGGAGUCAAUAUUCUGAAUGCUCACAAGCAGCAGAUAGAAGUGCCUCUUGUUGUCGAACUGUUGCUCUCAUUUUCACAAUUCUGCUUAUGAUGAGACAUUUGUUAGAGGUGCUCAAUGGAGGACCAAGAAACUAUCCCUUUACACUUCCUACACUGCUUAUUAUAAAAUCCACUGGAAUACUCUUGCCUAUGUACAUUAUAGUCCUGUUGAUCACAAGAAUUCAGAUUAUCAUUAGACAGCAGUAUCUGGAUACAGAAGACAGGUUAUCCAACUCUGACUAACACAACUAAUACGAGAGUCCUCCCUAAUUGUUUAUUCUUUUCAUUAACAGUGUAAUUUGUAUUUUCUAAGCAUCACCCUGAUGCUUUAUCUAAUUGGUUUUUCCCAUACACGUGGAGAGCAAUGAAAGUUUCACAAUA